CAGUUUUCUGUUAGGUUUCGAAGCUACCACUUAAAGUACAGAUAGUGAAUCCGUGAAACGUAAAGUGUAGAGAACUUAGCAUGCAUUGGUUUGUCAUUCUUUUGCUGGUUAGAGCCGUGUUCAGCUAUUCACAUAGUCCUGAUGGUAAGUGUUCAUACAAUCUUCCUUACAGUAGAAAGAAAUAAACGCAAAUUAAACCAAGGUGUGUUAAAGGUAUAACGGGUGCUAUCGCCCGUGUCGAAUAGCCUGUAUAGUACUAAAUAUUAAAGAUAAAAUAUUCCACAGAGUAAAGCGAUGCAUAUUAAUUGAAAAAAAAAAUAGAAGGAUAAUAAAUAGUUAAGUUUCUUUAACUAGUUUUCGUGACAGAGAAUGGAGAAAUAGAUAAUAAUUGGCUUUCGAUUCCACUGGGUUUUUCAGUCUUUCUUGUACAAGAGGAAGCAAGUUUAGAAAGGGGGUCUCGACGCACACUUAAAAAGAUGUGACGGAGUCUUAACUAAUUUAAAAAUGAUUUAACAGACUAUUAAACUUAACUGUAUGAUAAAUUUUUAUUAAUUGAAAUUAAAUAGCUCCACUUUGCUGAUAAUGAGGUAAAGAUUUUACCUCCAAGUUUUUAUAAGCUCUGAGUGAUUCUGAUUCAUUGCAGUUCUCUCAUCAAGAGCUUUUACCAAACAAGGGGUAAAGAAGGUUUUCAAAUAGUCCUCUUUGUAGAAAUCUCAUAGAUCAGAGCAACACGGCAAUUUGAAAUGAGUGAGACAGCUUUGUUGUUGUUAUUGAACUCAUGAUCAUUUAGCAUCUUCUCUUGUUAAUAUAGCUCCUUCUCUGGUUAAUAUAGACUUAAGUGUUAAGUCAAUUCUACGAUUAAUUGUUUAUUUUGAUAAAUUGGAAGCAAUUGUCUAGGUUUAAAGCACCACUAAAUAGUAGAAUUUGUUUGUUUAUGAAUAUUUUUUAAAACCAGUUUAUUUUAAGGGGUAUUAUAGCCCCAUAAAUUUACUCAACUAAAUACAGCUCAUCUCAAGAUUCAUCUAUCUGAAAGUUUUUCAGCUCUAAAUAUCAUCAGCCAUAGUGAUUAAUCAUUAUAGGGGCAAAUCUGCCAAGUAACUUUCGAUAUGAUUUUAAGGAUGAAAGUUUAUUUGAAAAGCAUUGAAGGCAUAAGCAGAAUUCAUAUUUAAUUAUACGUCGUGACAAACAUUUUACAUGAAGUUACAGCUUAAAGCUUAGUUAAAAUUUAUGUAAAAUAUUGAGAUAUUGGCUAGGUUCAAGAAAUUAACACGCAAAAAAGGGCGAAAUCAAAACAUGAGCUAAUAUUGUGUCAAUCUUAACCUCCAAAAAACAAGUUUUUGUCCUCAAGAAAGAAUGUAUCGAUUACUAGCCAGCUUCCAAGGGAUAAAAAAUGGACCGUGAAAAGGAGGUACACACCUAACGGUUAUAACUGUAAAUUUUAAAAUUAACCCAAUUUACGUUGAACACACCAAAACCGUUUUAUGCUGUUGAUUUGCAAAUGCCACCAGCCUGUAUAGAAUGAAGCACUUAAUAUAUGAUAGCUAUGGCCAGUAUCUGACUAGGGGAGGGGAAAACUGUGUAUUCCUGUAGCUGAAUCAUUUAUAAAAUGCCUUAAGAUAAAACAAAUUGUACCUUAAGAGUAAACUGCUGUUUCCCUACACUUAACACGUCAAGAGGGUGGCUCGCUUCCCGAAAACUUAUUUUAUUUUGUUAUAUUUUAUUUUUGAUGGAAAAGUUGUAUCCUCACUAUUUCAAGUCGCCGACCGUUAAGGAAAUAUAUUUUGGUUUUAAUUCCUUUCUUUUCAGCGUAAUUCGAGGGUCUGGGUACUAGGAAAGGGUCGACCGGAAAUUUUUUAUUUGAAGCCCAGUUUUCACCCAAAAUGCUUUGCGCGCUCGUGUUUUUGUUUAUAAACGCUUCUAGACUUUUUGUAGACUGAACAACGCCCGUUCGAUAUAGUUCGAGUCGUUGACGGUAUGGCCAUAAACCGCAGUCAAACGAGGUAAAAUGCAAAACCCAUAAGCAAAGUAUUCUAAAUAUACUUUACUGUUCAAAACUGAGGGUCGCCCCUGCAACACGUUGUUUAUUUAAUGAGCUUUUUGAAUGAGUACUAUACGAAGUUGAGUCUAAGUGUUGGAAAACUAAGGGCCUGUUUACAUGAAGGUGGGUGACCCCAGGUAGGUGAGAUAACCUGCUUAGGUGGGGUAACCCGCCUGUCCGUACAAUCUCUCAUUUAGGUAGGGUGUUCCGCAACUUGUUACCUAAUCUGUCUCGGGUCCCCUACCUCCACGUAAACAGGCCCUAAAACUAGUAUUAAUGCCGGAGGCAUUAAAUUUGCUCACAGAAUUUUUCUCGGGCGCGUAGAGUUUUCAGUGAAAAUAAAAAAGCUCAUUGUUUGAAGAACAAUGCAAAGAUCGUUAAAGACUAAUUCUUUUAUACAUCUUUGUCCAUGUUUUCACUUGUGGUGAAUGAAACCCCAAGAAACAAACAAGCAGGGGCACC